UUUCAACCAAACGGACAUAAAACUAAGAAAGUGAAAAUGCGAAAGAUUCAUUUGUUGUUAGCUACGGCUACAAUUUACCUUUGCCUACCAGCAGCUGAAUGUGUUUUUGAAAAAACGAUCGAAUCCUUUCUGAAAGAGUUGAGUGUGCGCAUGUGCCAUCCCAUACCAAAUUUGGGGUUGCCUGCAUUAGAUCCUCUGACCGUCAAUCAUGCAGAGACAGCCAUGGACAAUAAAUACCUUAUAGAUUUUACCGGCUCUAUAGACAAUUUUAAGGUACAUGGACUCUCCGAUUUUGUCAUAAACAAAUUGUCUAUAAAUAUUGUUCCUGGUGUAACACGUAGUACUAUCAAUGUUACCUUCCCAUAUACCUAUUUGAAAUCCAUAUAUACCGCAAAGGGAUCUUUAGCAUAUAUUUUGAAUUUGGCUGGCGAUGGCAAUGCGGAAACAACAAUAACCGACUUUAAUUUUGAAAUUUCUUGGAGAAUUAAGGCAUCAAUUGGCCCUUUGGCAAUUACCGCACUUAAAAUUGAUAUGCUUUUGGGAGAUUUGAAAAUCAAUUUUGAUAAUUUGUUAGAGGAAGAACGUAUUAAUAAUUUUGUACAUGCACUUGUUAAUGAAAUGGGCGUUGAAUUACUCGGUGAUAUUUGGAAUUAUGAGCAGCCUACGGCAAUCGACAAGGUCGAAACUAUCAUCAAUUCCAAACUCCCUGAUCUCUUGAAGUUAAUCACUGGAGGUAAUGGUGGAGAAGGCCCUCCUGUGUUUGAUGGUGUCGAGCCGGACUGCAAAUCGGAAAUUGGGAACUAAGACUGAGUCAAGGAUAUUAUACUCUAUAUUAUAUUUUUAUUGUUCAUAUGCCGAUAAGUAAGCAGAGAAAUAUAUUUAUAGGCUUGUUGGCUAAUCUUUUAUAGAUAAAGUACGCGUACACCUAUGAAACCCCAAUUUACAUUCUAAUCCAAAAGCUGAUAGUGAAUUUCUUUUGCUACUUGAUAUUGUUGAUGUGGGGUAAUAAUAAAGCCACUGUAUUUGAUAACUAUUUAUUGACUUGUAGCUGCGAAAAUACAAAGUUUUUGUUAUCAGGACUGCAUUCAUUGAAAUCUUAAUCAACCAAA